GAUGGUUUUGUGUUUCUUGUGCAUAUAUCUAGAAGUGAAUGUAUUGAUUGUGUUUUUUCCUCCUAUUGAACUGCAAAAACAAGCCACUGCAGACCUCUGGCAGCUCUCUUCCCUGCACUCACGUGUGUGCUGAAGACCAGAGCGUGUUGAAGUUACUGACACUGGGUCCUUCAUUCUGUGUGAGAGUUGCUAAAUCCAAGCGUUUCAUUAGGACGUGAGUUUUGCAGUGAGGGUUGAGAAAUCUGGGUGAAGAUGUCCCUGCGCAUGGCAGGGGUUGGACUCAAUGGCCAUUGAAGGUCCCUUCCAGCCCAAACUAGUCUGUGAUUCUAAGAAAUGUUUUCAGACUUAGGCUUUCAAUAGGUUGAGCUUGACCAUUUUUACUUCUACACAUAAAUUAAUAUCUGAACUUUUGCCUCCAGACUAGUUUAAUGUUAUCUCCAGAAGCGAUAAGAGCUUGCAGAGAACAGCUCUCGUCAGGUCUGGUCAGAAUUGAACUUGUUGUUGAAAUUAAAUCAUGUGUAGGGGGAUGUUGCUUGUGGAUCCCUGGGGGCUGAGCAAAGAGAAGGGGAUGAACAAGAUGUCCGAGGUUCAUUGUAGGUAACUCAGCUCCUCCCCAACCUUGACUCAUCACUUCCAGCAUUCAUUCCCUCUCUGGGGAUACGUUCUUCAGCUGUGGAAGUGGUUUGGGGACUGAAGGAAGGGGAAGAGCACAGAGCAACCCUGUGGGUUGGAAGCAGGACUGAGCUGCUCUGUUGAAAGGACAAGUUGGCCCGAGGACAAAUGGGACCUACUGGAGUCAUACACAGGCAAAGAAUCAUGGCAUCAUUUUGGUUGGAAGAGACCCUUAAGAUCAUCACGUCCAACUAUAACCUAAAUCUAGCACCAAACCACGUCUCCGCCAUGACGUGCCGCCUUGCUUCAUUAGAACAAGCACAAAAAGUAAUCACAUAAGUUUUUUUCUUGGUGACUGGCUCUGCACAUGUGCUGGAAGAAAAGGAGCAGGCCUGGCUUGAAGAGCCGGUUACUGACCUUCCUCGCUGCUGGGAGCAACCUGAGGUAACAGCACAGAAUCUGAUGCAACCAUGGACACCCUUGGUGGGGACCAGGUCAGUGACACUCUGGAAUAAGCCGAGUUUAACAUGGAAGUCUAUCCCUUUGUGAAACUGAUGUUUACCAUGGAAGUGUUUGCGAUGACUGGGGAUGAGGUUUGCUAGUGAAGGAGGUUAUAGGGUCCCUAACUCCUGCUUUUUGUGGUGGUGUGUGUUUUGGUUUUGUGUACGUGGUUUUGGGUUUUUCUGGUGUUUUUUCAUGUCAUGAAAGCAUCAUGUCAAGCCAAAAUCUAGGACUACCGUAGGGCUGGGUAUGGUCACAAAACCAUCAUGCCUUAUCACUGUCCGCAGUUACCUGAAAGGAGGUUGGAGCAUGGAGGGGGUUGGUAUCUUCUCAGAAGUAGCAAGUGAUGGGAUGAGAGGAAACGGCCUCAAGUUGCACCAGGGGAGGUUUAGAUUGGAUAUUAGGAAAAAAUUCUUACAGAAAGGGCUGUUGGGCACUGGAACAGGCUGCCCAGGGCAGUGCUGGAGUCACCAUCCCUGGAGGAGUUGAAAAGGCAUUCAGAUGAGGUUCUUAGGAACAUGGUUUAGUGCUGGAGUUAGGUUAGGUUAGGUUAGGUCUUCCAACUGAAACAAUUCUAUGAUUCUAUGUGUAGGUCGCCUGUGUCACGAGGGAACGUACAUCCUUCCUUCUGGUCUGUUGUCAACCUGCCGGUCGCCAGCUUAGCUACUCUGAUUUUUUGCCUGCUUGAACAGCAUCGCAGCAGCCAGCGAACUGCAGUGCUGGGGUGAAACACAUAAAAUCACAGUCCCCUGCAAACCGCUGUCAUGUCACCGAGACGGUGAGGGCUGCAGGAGUGGGGCCUAUGGAUGAACUACUUCAGAAAUACCUAAAGUUAUAUAUAUUAAUAUUUGUAAAUAGACACUGAACACAGAGGUCUUAGAGCUGCUCAGUAUCUGCAGCCAUCACUUCCCACCACGCACCCCAAUUCUUUUGGACCAACCUGAUUUUCACGUGAUGGGUUUUUCUUUGCCCUCUCAGGAAAUGGCUUCCCUUCAAAGGAUUUGACUUAAUCACGCGAGAAGAUUGAUGAGAAGAAAUAAUCUGUUACUAGCGACGAAGUAAUUUUUCAAACUAUGUCAUCUCGCUUCGUUUUUUUUCCAUUUCGGAAGGAGGCGGCUGGUUCUGCGCGGCAGCUCCUGCAGGUAACCCACACGGUUAGAGCUGCUGCUCAGCAUUAGCCAGCACAUCAUUUGGAAAAUAUGGGAGAUUCCCAAACAGAAGAGAGGAUUAAAUUCGUAUCGAUGUGCACAACGUUGUAAAUAACCAGGAACGCUCUAUUCAACCCAAAAAGGUGCUAGGGGAGUGGGAGAAAAGUACAUGUGGCUCUAUGGACAGUCUCUGUUCAUGGUGACUCGUUGCUCAUUCGCUCCAGCUCACCACAACAGCAAAAUAACAGGAUCCAAUCUGGACUGGCCAUCUUUGUAUUGAAAUUCUAGAAGUUUAUCUCAUUCUCUCACAUAAAGAUUCUUUUUAGCCAGCUUGGGAGCAGCUUGAAAGAAAAUUAGGAAAACAAAGAUGCAAUCUCAGAGUGACAUAUCAUAAUGGGACCUUUCAGGCUCUCAAACUUUCUCAUUAAUUUGCACCAAAUGCAGACUUCAAAAAUUACAAAAGGAUUUUCUCCCAUAGCCCAGAAAUAGUCUGUGCUUAGAAUAUACCACAUUGUCUCCAUCUUCUUGGCUUUUUCUCAAAGCAGCUUCUUUUGGCAUGCAGCAGUUGAUGGGAUUGAUAUUGCAGGAAGAACAAAGUACAGAUUUUCCAAAGGAAAUAAUAAAUCUGCUGUGGGUUUUCAAAGCAAGUUCACAUAAUCACCAAGGGAUUUUUUUUUCCCCCAAGAAUGUAGGAAGAACACAGAUGUUAUUUUGGACCAUUAACAUCUUCAGUAUAAAGACAUGCAAAGUAUUUCCCAAUGGCUUUUUCCCCUUCUUUUCUUUAUUUUCUUAUUUUUUCUUAUUCUUUACAUUAAACAUGGCAACAAGACAUCACGGUUCUGCCAAAUUGCCAGUAUAAUAGUCUGGAAAAUUACAGCUGAUUUGUUUUCAAUCUGCUUGUCAUUCCACUACUUCAUAUUUUAUCUCCUUAAUGUAUAAACCCAAAGAAAAUGUCUGGCUGAAAAGCAACUUCACCUGUUAAAAAAGGGCAACAGCAACGAGGUUGCUGACAUUAGAUAUCCAGUUAAGUUUGAGCUAAAAGCAAGAGGCAAAACCCAAGAUGUUCUUGAUGAUUAAAAAAAACCGUAUGAAUCCGUUGAUGGAAUUUUGCUAUGGGAAAAAAUAGAUAAGUUUGUAAUUAUUAUUUUUUUUUUUUACAACCUAAUCCAACAAAAGUGAAGUUGGUGGGAGAUUUGCAUUAAUUGGGCUUCAGUGGUUGUCGGACCAGGUGAUUAAUGAAGUUGGGUGUUCAGCUUCAAACCUGACAAGGGCUCUUUGCUUUGGGGCUCAGUGCAGAUCAAAUGGUGCUAAUGAAGCUGGAACCGUCUCCAAGCUAAAAGGGGCAAAGGGGGCAGGUUCGAGGGGAUUUCUCCCAUUCCCAGAACGUUGCAAAAUCCUUUAGGGGAAAAAAAUGCACAUUAUUGUCUUUUGGAGUCUGAGAGGAAGAGGUGAAGCAAACACAAACUCCUUCAACAGCUUUCUGACAUGGGAUCAGUCAAUUUAAUGAUAUUUAAGUAUUGAUAUUUAAAUUUAAGUAUUGAUAUUUUAUUUAAUUUUUAAAGUAAUGAUAUUUUUAUUAUAUUUAAUGAUAUUAAUUUAAUGAUCUUGAUCAGUUAAUUUACUGAUAUUAUAUUCUUUAGUAACGCAGACAAACAGUCAAAGGAAGAGGCCAGUGUUCAGCUUGUGUGUUAUUUUGCAGUUUCAGAGCUGCUUGCUUUUGCCCAGCUCAUUUAUGCCUCCUGACACCGUUUCCAUGGGAAGGACACCUAUUCCUAUUCAACUGUGAUUUUUUUCCUAUUUCAUCUGUGUCACGUUUGCACCACCUUCUUGUGCCGCCUUCUGCUCAUCCGCACCUGCUGAAAGACCUUUUCCCUGAGGGAAGAACAGAAAACUUGUCAGUUUAGUCACUUUUGGUAUUUUCUUUUAAAUCCAUUAAAAAAAAAAGUCUUGGUUGUGCUCUCUACCUAUUUACACUGGAGAGUUGAGAACUUAUAUAUGGGUGUUUCCAUUGUACGUGAGGAUCCAGCUGUUACAAAUAGCCAGCUACAGGCAUCAGAAAUUAUUGGGGAUCUUCUCCAGGUGAUCUUUUUACCUCCUAAGAAACCAAAGGGUCCAUCUCUGGCAAGCUCAGAUGUUUUGAAAUACAGAAACACAUGGGUUGGGGGGACAGGGACUGCGCUUUUAGCAAAAAUUCAGGUUGAUAUGCAGUCCCAAGACAUAGAGUUGUGCUUUUUAUAUUUAGCAAACCCUACCAGGAGUGAACACAUCACGCAGUCAAAGGAUCUUCUAAUUUACAUCACCCUCAACUCUAGGGAAUCUUACCUGUUUCUUCUGUAUCUGUGAAAAGUUUCCAGAAUAUUUUAAUACUUUCUUUUUGUGCGAUGCUAUUGCUGUAUUCAUUACAUUGGAGUUUCUAAGAUACUCAUCAAGCAAAUGAAUUUCAUUUCCUUACCCAGCCCCAGCAGACACCACAUUUUGCUUUCUAUCUUCUCCCCAUCUCUGGAGUUGCAUGGAGCGUUUGUCUUUUCCGAGCAGGUUGCUGAAGGAAUUAAUAUUUCCCUGCUCCGUGGAAGGAGGAAAAGUGAUGCUGCCGUAUCCCGCUGCCGUAUCCCGCUGCCUACCCCAGGAGGAUUGGGAUGCUAAAUGAUUAUAUUUCCUGCCAAGCUUUGGUGGACCCUGAUCAAAGCCACGACAGGCAUAUUAACUAUUAUUAUGUUGAUGGUAAACAAACUUUAAAGGUGUAAUUUUAAAGGCGUAAAUUUUAAAGGCAUAAAGAGGAAAAACAGCAAGAAAUCUACUAGGGGGAUUAAAUUUAUUUUCAAAACAUAAUAAUUAGGAGCUCUCCUGGCAAAUAGGGCUGAAACAGGUGUGUGUGUGUUUCCAUUUUCGCGCAGAUCCAAAGGAAAGAGUUAACGGAGCGCAGAGCUAUCGGGUUCACUUCCAAUUUUCCACCCGACUGUAAUGAAACGCUGCGAUGCCUCAACCCAAACCUCUCAUUAGUCUCCUUAUUAGUUUUCACUCUAGUAAAUAAACUAAUGGCGCUACUAGCAGUUAAUAAUAGGCAAGCAGGGUCUCCUUCACGCCUGUCGCUUUUCUCUCUGCUCUUUACUAAAAACAAAAGGCGUAUGGAAAAAAAAAUUAACCCUCCAGUAACUCUUACUUUUAAAAAAAUUAUUUUUAAAUGUGUUUGUGUUUAUUUUUAAUUUCUAUUUUUUAAUGCUUUAUUUAAUGAUUGCUUCGUUUUUAUGGCUGCGGCUGAUCCUGAAGUGCAGUUUGUAUGGAGCAUCCUUCAUCUGGUGGAGAGACUCCCAACUCUAGUUUAUCCAGUUGAUAACCCACCCCUGGAAUUCCCUUCCUGACGCAGAGGUGUCUCCUGCCAAAGCCUGGCAGCGAAGGAAGAACACCCCAGGAGCGGCGCAGCGGGCAGGGUCGGUCCAUGACCCGGCGGCGUGGCUGCCGCUGGCCCCGGCAGGGACGUCCCCAGCCCGCGGCCGGCGGGCGAUGGCAGCGGGGCCGCGGUGACAGCGACGGGGACAGCGACGGGCUGCGCCGCCCCGGGGACACCGGCUCUGCUGAGCCCGCCAUGGAAACCCCCUGAGCGACGGGACGGAAAACACUUGCUGCAAAGGUACACAUCUCUGUGAAUGUUUUGGGCCGCCGCAUGAGUACGUCCUCGCCCGGCGAUGGCCUCGCAGCCCGCGCUGGCACGGACGCUGCUGCUCGGCCUGCUGGCCUGCUGCCUGCCAGCCGCCCGGCCCCGGGACUUCACCGUGAAGGACAUCGUCUACCUCCACCCUUCCACCACACCGUAUCCUCACGGAUUUAAAUGUUUCACCUGCGAAAAGGCGGCAGAUAAUUACGAAUGCAACCGGUGGGCUCCCGACGUCUAUUGUCCCCGAGGUACCAGAUACUGCUUCAGCCAACACAUGAUGAAAGUCACUGGGGAGAGCGUGUCGGUCACCAAGCGCUGUGUGCCCUUAGAGGACUGUCUGGCUACGGGAUGCACCUAUGUAAAGCAUGAAGAAUACAAGGUCUGCACGUCCUGCUGCGAAGGAACCAUCUGCAACUUGCCCCUGCCCAGGAACGCGACAGACGCCGUGUUCACCACCCUGUCCCCGCUCAACAAGACGCGGCGGCUCUCGCAGCCCGUCCUGCUGGCCAUGGCGUGUCUGUGGCUGGGGCUGGUGGCCCAGCGCUGGUGACACUGGACAGCUGAGCUGCUGAGAACAUCUGCGUGAACCUUCAGCCUCUCCCUGCCGAGCUGGCUUUGAAGGAGUCGUGUUCCUCCAUGUUUUUAUUACCGAUGGAGUGGUGAGCCUGGGAUGUAGAUGUACUUGAAGGGGGUAAAACCGUCACGUUUCGCUACUGUUUUCUGAAGAAACUCAUGCCAAAUGUUCCCAGAAUCCCUGGCUGAGACUGAUACAGACACUUUUCUUAAUGCCCAUCUUUUCCUCAUGAAGAAAUGAUAUUUAAAAGUACCGUAUCCCUGCCAGCUGCUAUUAUUAUCACUUACACAUUUGAAACUUUUCUUGUUACACAACCAUAGAACUGGUUUGGGUUGGAUGGACCUUCAAAGUUCAUCCAGCCAUGAGCAGGGACGUCUUCAACUGACCACGUUGUCAUUGUCACAGCACUAACUCUGGUGUCUCGUUAACCUGUUUUUAGAAUGCAGAGUAAAUAAGAAGUCUCGGGGAGGGCAAGAGCUUGUGGCGAGGCAGCAGAAGCUGGAAGGGAUGAGCACAAGGGAGCAGGGGCAGUUUGGACCAGGUGAGCGCCUCGCACAGGUGCUUCCUCCAGGAUGGGCAGAAAAUCACCUUGGGUUAUAAAUCAAACCAGAAACGCUCUAAAAACUCCGCUCCUGAAGCAUGAUUAGAAAGGAAAGUGUGUGUGUGGGGUCCUGACCCUCUCCUGGGAGGAGGGGGGUGUGUGAAGGUUGAGAUGCUGGUGCCGGUUGAGCCAAGAGGUUCUUUGUUUUGGGGCUUUACAUGUUUUCACAUUUUGGGCACCCAUUCCAGCCUGAGAAAAACCCCUGAUCCUGAAUAGCUUAUUUUAUUGUAUUUAAUGCACUCUGUGGUGUAUGGACUGCUCCAAGCUACAGCUGGUUCAGUGACCUGUGUUUCUUGUUUCACUUGGAAAUCACAUAUGCAAUAUUUAUUUUUGUAUAAUGAGUCGGAUCCAAAGUGUUUAGAAGAUUCUUAAUACUGAUAUUGCCAGGCAAAAUGGUUGUUUUGCAAGUGGGUAAGCCUGUAAUAUAUAAAUUAUCAUAUAUAUAUAUAUAUAUAUACAUAUAAAAACUGUUUUGCAUCAUUAUUGAAAAAGAAUCAGCUUUGUUUUGCAAGGUCUGUAAUAAAAGCAGGGUGGCUAUGGACUUGAAGUUAAACCAAACUUAAGCAAAAAAAACCACCCCAAACAACAAAUUAACGUUAUAAAUUGUUCCUUUACAAGCUGAUUUUGGCUCAUCAUACUCCAAGGUAACCUGUGCAGUAUCGAGCUACACUAUGCUUGUUUUGGUGAGUUACAGGGGGAAAGGCGAAUGAAGGAAGCCAGUGCUGGAACGUAAAUGCUUUGAAAGGGCUCCGGGAAGGUCCCGGCAGCAUCCGGGUCAGAUACAGGUUACAGGUGGAAAACUGCAGCUCCUGGAGUUUUGUGGCCUUUGGAGUGAGCUCUGCUCGUGCUCCGGGGAGUUCAAUUGGUGUUGAAGGAGAACCUGCUUUCCGGUGCCUUCCCUGGGGAAGGAACCUCCGUGUGCUUUGCUAAGGGAUGUUUUCUCAUUAUGGAAAUGGAACCUCAAACACUGUGCCUUUCCUCUUUUUAUCUAAAACUAACACUUUUGAGGAAAGGCUGAUAAAUCUUGCAUUUUGAUGUCAUUCGGUUCUCCUCUGACCUGCUCACUGAGCACUAGUAUUAAGAGGGUAGUUGCAAUCUCUUAUUUUAUGCAAGUUAAACCUAGCUCUAGCAGACCCUAAAAAAAAAAGCCCAACCCUGCAGCCUUUCUAAAGCCCGUCCCCUCCUGCGCAAGCUCACUCGAGCAUGCAAGGUACUUAUGGGUUGGGGAGAAUGAGGUGGAGGAGGAUGUGACUCCUCCAACAGCAAUUUAAGUAUUAUUAAUUAUGCAAAAUGGAAGAGUUUAAGUCUGGAAGGACCUCACGCAGGCAUUCAGCUGCUCUCCUGGGGCAGGGGUUGAACGUUGGCCAAGAUGUGUUGGAAAGCCAGCGGGAUGCAGAACCGAGAUUACUUAGGAACAUCUUGCUAAUCUCUUCAGCCAAGGUGGGCUCAAGCCUUGGGCCAUCUUGCAUGUGGCCAGCAGUAGAACCUCAAGGGGCCUCCUCACCAUCUCAGGGCUCACAGGCUGGUGGUGGCAGCUCAGCCGGAGGUUCUAAGGAUUUCUGUUUUAAUUCCGGGACUUGUUAUCCACAUGCAUUUAGGAGUCAAGCAAUAAGAAAACCGACCAGCAGCAAGAAGCAGAUGUUACCUCCCGGUUGCCUCGGUCACCAGUUACAGCCAAGUUUGCACCAACACCUUCUGGCAUCUCUGUAUGUCGUCUCCCUCCAUUUCCCAUACAUUUUGCAGUUCUGUUGCUCUGACCACAGCGACGCUACCGCUGGAGAAGGUCCCAGUUCUUGUGCUGUCUCACCAAUGUGUCCCAGUUGUGCUCUCCAAAAAGGACCUGAGCACCAUCCAGCUGAGCUGCUGCCUCCAGCUGUGGUACAAGGGUGAUGGACAUUGGGCUUAAAAGAGCAAAUAAAGGUGACUGCAAGCACAUGGUGGGGGGGUUUAAAGCACAUAAAUGCUGAGCUGCACCGUAUUUAUUUUUUUAGGCUCUAUAUAUGUGAUAUUGCUUUAAAACGUCUAAUUUUUUAACUCCUGUAAAUGCUGUACAUUUGUAUAAAUAAAUGUUUUAAAUAUUCA